AUGUCUAAUCAGACGCAGCAGACGGCGGUGGCUAGACUCCGAGCCCAAUUGGCAGAGCCCGACAAUAUCAUUGUGUGUCCGGGCGUAUACGAUGGCUUCACGGCUCGUAUAGCUCUCAAAGCCGGCUUUGACUGUUUAUACAUGACAGGAGCCGGCACGACAAUGUCUCGGCUGGGAAUGCCAGAUCUAGGUAUAGCUACACUCAACGACAUGCGAGAUACGGCUUCUAUGAUUGCCUCGUUGGACCAAAGCGUGCCUCUCAUCGCGGAUGCAGACACCGGAUUUGGAGGCCCUGUUAUGGUUGGGCGAACUGUGUCCCAGUACAUGCAAGCCGGGGUGGCCGCGCUGCAUUUAGAAGACCAAGUCCAGUCCAAACGCUGCGGCCAUCUCCUGAACAAGCAAAUCGUCCCUGAAGACGAGUUUCUAUCUCGCAUCCGAGCUGCCAACAUAGUCAGGAGCAAGCAUCUCGGCGACAUUCUCAUCAUCGCCCGCACAGAUGCCCUGCAGUCCGAGGGCUACGAAGUGGCAAGGGAUCGCCUCAAGGCCGCCAUCAAAGAAAAUCAAUUGUCAGCACGCGAUCCGAUGAUAGCAACCAAGAGCCAUUGA